GAGUCGGGCCGGUGGCGCACCGGCGCGGCGUGACGCGUGACGUAAGUUUCAAAUAGCGCGCGAGUAACAGCGGACGCGACGACGAGGCGAGUGUUCGCCGGGUGCAGGUUGACCGGUCGCGACGUUUCUACGCGUGGUGUCCGACGACGACGACGACGACGGCGGCGGCGGCUCGCAGGAUGGGUGUCACCGUGCUGCAGCAGUACCCGAUGAUCGAGAACCGCACCGGGCCGCAGACGAUCGAGUUCCUGACCAAGAGGAUCGUCGCCCUCGGCGCCGUGCAGGUGGGACAGUUCCUGGUGGAUUGCGAGACGUACAUGUCGGUGCCGCAGCUCGGCGUUCAAAGGACCGUGCACGUGCUGCACAAUUCGGAGCAACCGGCCUCGGUGUUUGCGCUGCUCGAGUCGGGCAGCAAAGUGGUGCCACUGAUAGCGGACGGGCUGUUCGACCUGCUGAUGUUAAAAAUGACCAACAUCUACACCAGUAAGAAGCAAACGAAGAUCGAGUCCAAGGGUCCGCGAUUCGAGCUCGGCGACUUCUGCGUCAAAUUGGGCAGCGUGACGAUGAGCCAGAAUUUCAAAGGCGUCCUGGUAGAGGUCGAGUACAGACCGUGCAUCGUGGCGGCGAGCGCGUGGGAACUGAUACGCGAAUUUCUUCAGGGAUUCCUGGGCUCCGCUGUGUCCAAUCAAGCGCCGCAGUACCUACAGAACCGAAUGAACGAAAUUUAUCAACCGAUGGACACGAUACAGCAGUAUCUAGAGCACUUCGGUCAAUACAGGAAAGCCACAGGAGUGAUUUAAGGAGGACCGUCGUGGCUACUUGGGCCGUAUUAUUUAUUUCGUGACGUUAACAGCGAGAUCGAUCGGGGAUUCUACCGAUCCUGCUAUUAUUUAUUAUAUUAUGGUCUGCGCCGUGUAACGACAUCGCCAUUCCCCGCUACAUAUUGUAAUAUUUACGUUAAUUUCCCACCGCGGGGAGAUUUGUAUUACGUUUCAUUUAAAUGAGAUGAGUAACGAAAAUUUUUUAGGAUUAGCAAUUUGCAUAAUAUUUCACAAAAUUUAUUGUAAGGUUCCCGUCUGAAAUUCACACGGCCCGGUUUUUCAUCCCUGUUUCAACUCCGGUUUAUUUUUUAUGAACCAGGUAAGGCUAGAAGUGUACCGCUCUCGAUUUAAUUUAAUUUCGUUUAAUUUUAUUUAAUUCCGUAACGCGCAAUAUGUAUGUAUUGUGUGUGUUGCGGAAUUAUAUGGAAAUUUCAGAAAUAUGUAGUUCGCAAAAUAACAAUGCGACAUUAUGCGCCGUCUGUGGGGGAAUGUGGGAAAAUGCGAGCUGAGCGACCGACAAAAUGUCGAUAAUAAAAUGAUCACGGGAG